CGUCCAUUGGCUACCCCGUGUUCGCCACUAGAGGUCCUGCCCGCGCCUUGUUGUGUGCUAUGAGGGCGAAGCGCUUCGGAUGGAGCAGCAUUUGAACGUCAUUUACCGGAAGACGUUAUCUGAUAGGGAAGUUGCAAAUGUACCGGGAAGCGGCUGUGGGCAUAUCGGAUUGAUUAUCACACCACUUGGACAGAUCAUGUGACUAAGCAAACCCUCCCACCUUGUUAGCAAGUGCACUGAAGAACAGUAAUCUAAUUUGAUGUACUGAACUUAAUAUUGUGGAGAUUGAACAUCAAGCAGAAAGCAAUCUACAGAAAGAUACCAAGAGAACUGUAUUGCUCACCAAGCAUGGCUGUACAAGAGCCAAGAAAGGCUAGAUCACUCAGCCUUGCAGGAAUUGCUCAGAUUUCCAAUGAUAUCUCUAGGAAGUUCUUGGAUCGCAGUGACCUGUCCAGGCUCUUACGAGUUGCUUCAAAUUUCCUUAAAGACCAUACUCAGGUGUUGGUGGAACUGGACAGCUUCUUUCUUCAUGAUGCAAGUGCCAAAAUAAAGUUGGUGUUUGUGGAAGACACUGUUUUGGUGAAGAACAUUUUUGUUAUGUCCUCUUCUAUGCAGGAACUCGCUCAAAGGUCACCUGAAAACCUUUAUGUUGAUCUACAGAGUAAUAUUGCCCCAGGGCUGAACUUGUUCAGCGUGUCUUGUGAGGAGGAGUCUGGUUGGAAUAUGUGUGCUAGUUGCAUAUCAAAAACCAACAGCCAAGACACCAUGAGGUUUCUUAUGGUUUCUGUUUUGCAAAGCAUACCAAAAAUGAAAGCUCAGAUCAAAUCCAUCACAAUUCAUCCCGAGAUCGCAGAUUUUAAAGACCUGAAUAACCUCGUACCUAAUGCCACUAUCAAAUAUUGCAUGUCCCUAAUUGCCAGAGUGAUAGAGGGGAAAACUGCUAAUUUACCACUUCCCACCCAGUCACAGAUUAAAAAUGUUUUACAAGCCCUGUGUUUUUCCCGUUCCUUAAAAAUCUACAAUCGUCACCUCAAUGAAUUGAAAGCUUUAUGUCCAGUAGACGUGUAUCAAUACUACAUUGACACGUGGCAUCCUAGCAGAAAAGAAUGGUGUACCAAGGACAGCAAAAGAGUAAAAACUGAAAAAUCAUUGUAUACGUACUCUGGGGCUCUACAAUACACAGUUUCAGCAAAAAUGGGGAUUUUGCCAUCAUUGUACCAGUGCCUCCGUGUCAUUUUGCAUGAGACCCUCGAGCUACAAAGUAUACCAGAAACCUUACUUGAGGUGUAUACUGAUCUUGUGCCUGUUACUUCAACAACAAUAAUAACGACAACAACAGAAGAAGAAGAACCUGCUACUACUACCACUGCGGCUGCUACUAUUACUACUGCUACCAUUGAUGCUUCUGAAGAGCAGGUUUGUGAAGAAGAAAAAAAUGAACUGGAGCAAAUGGAAUUUUGCAGUUGGGAUGAUUUUCAGUCCUUUUUAAGCAUUUGGUGUGAAGAACAGAAAAAGUUAUUUGUCAUUCGCAAUUCUGUGCCCUUGACCAGUGAAGACAUGAGCCCGGAGGCAGUGCAGACUCUCAAGUACAGUAUGGUGAACCUUGGGUGCAGCAGCUAUACCAGGAAGCGCUGCCCAGCUUCUAUUCAGCUACGCCUGGGUCCAGAAAUGGACAAACUAAUAAUCACGAAGGCUGAUCUCCAUCAUAGUCACGAUUCAGAGAUAGACCUUCCAUCUCGUUUUACAAGAAAACCUGAAGCCUUUGUGGAAGCCCCAGCAAUGUUGUUUUUUGAGAUUUCGGAUAAAUUCAUGGACAGAACAGAUCUGACAAAGCUUCUACGUUUACACGUCCCAUUUGGCAGGGAAUCCCAAUUUCUGGAUGAACUGGAAUCCCUUUUUAAUACCGAUCCUGGCGCAAAGGUGAAAUUGGCUUAUGCCGACGAAAAGUUUACUAUGAGAAACAUCUUCUUGAUGACAACUGGCAUGCAGAAUUUACUCCAGAAUUUUUCAGAAAGCCUCUUUAUUGCUCACCUUCCAAGUCUAAAUCAGGAAUAUGCUUUGUAUUCUGCCUUGUGUCAAGAUGAGAAUUUUGCCUGGAGAGUCUGUGCUCAUUGUAUUACCAGGAAAAACUCCACAGAAACCUUACAGUUUAUCCUGCUUUCUCUUUUACAAGUCCUCCCUAAUUUGAACAUGCAGUUAAAGUGUUUGAUACUGAGCCCAGACAUUCAAAGCUGUUCGGAUACACAAGCUCUGUUUCCCAACGUCGUCAUAAAGCAUUGCUUACCGUUUGUGUUUGAAUUCAUGUUUCGGAAAAUUUCCUUCCUAAGUCAAAUGGAGCAGUCUCAGAUUAAAAACUUGCUUGCCAACCUUGCUCAAGCUUCCGCAACUGACACUUACACACAGUACCUUAAUGACUUGAAAUCUGCCUGUCCUGAUGAAGUGUUUCAAUACUAUUUUGACAACUUUCAUCCAUGUUGGAAUUCAUGGUCUGGGAAGGACAGCCAAACAAUUGAUGCAGAAAAUUCGAUUUGUGAUUUUGUUAAAUUCUUUCACCAAGAAUUAAGGACACAUUUGGGAACACUGCCUUCUUUAAGCCAAUGCCUGCAUGCCAUACUCACUGAAGAUCAGGCUCACGAUCAGGAGCCUUCAGAAUCAAGCAAUACAUGCAUGAUGGAUGAAAGCACUUCUACCUGUCAAACGGAUACAACAAGCAUACUGAACACACAGGAGCAAGAUGGUGUAAUCACGGAGUUAAUUACAUCUGCUGUGCCUAAUAAGGAUUGUGAAGACGUUGCAAAUAUGCAAUUAAAUGGCAGGGAGUUUCAGAGCUGGGAUGACUUUUGCUUUUUCCUGCAAGAGUGGAGUAAAGAAAAUUACCUUCUGCAUUCAUCAUCUUCCGUCAUAGAGGAGGGCAGUAAUCAAGAACCGAACAUUCAAGACGUUGCAGAAAUCUUGAAGUACAGCUGGGCACAACUUUCCUGCAGUUGGAAGAACUGUCCAGCAUCGAUUGAGCUGUCACUAAGUCCCCAGAAAGACAAACUUAUUGUUACACAGUGCAGCCCAGAUCAUAUCCACGUCACAGAAGAUCCCUGCGAUGCUCCUCCCGAGAAGAAGUUUAAGCCCUCAUCUGCUGUAGGAUUACCAGCACAGGUGGCAAACAAUAUAUCAAAGAAAUUUCUGGAACCAAGCGAUUUAAAAAGGCUUCUCCGCUUCCGCUCUGGUGCAUUUGAAGACCGGACACAAGUUCUCGCGGAGCUGCAGUCCCUUUUCUUUUUAGACCCAGAUGCAAAAGUCAAGCUGGUGUUUGUGGAGGAUAAAUUGCAUGUGAAGAAAAUCUUUCUGAUGACCUCUGCUAUGAGAGAUCGGGCUCAGAAUCACCCCGAAAAUCUAUUCAUUGAUGUGUUUACGGACUUCAGCCAAAGUUUUGACUUGUAUACCAUUUUUUGUGAUGUGAAGGGAGAAGGAUGGAACCCAUGUGCUUACUGCAUUGCAAAAAAACAGGUCGACGGCAUUAUUCCCUUCCUUACAGGUUUGCUUUGUGAAAUAAUUCCCACAUUAAGUAAAAAGGUAAAACAUUUAACAGUCAACCCUGAUGUCCUAGAGCCAAUUAACCUGGAAAGCCGUUUACCCCAUGCCCAUGUGAGAUACUGUAUGCAGGCGGUUUUAAAUCUCUUGUACAGUCGUAUAGCCCACCUGGAUGCAAAGUCCGAGGCCCAGAUCAAGAACUUCCUUCAUAUCAUAUCUCAGACAUGUUCAAUCAAAGUCUAUGACCGAUAUCUGAAUGAUCUGAAGCCCAUUUGUCCAGCAGAGGUGUUUAAAUAUUACUCUGACACAUGGCACCCCCGCAGAAAAAUGUGGGUAAAGAAGGAUAACAGGACUGAAGAGUCAGAGAGGCAUUUAUAUGAUUUGGUUUCUGCGAAUCAUGCAAAGCUCAAAGCCGAAGUGGGCUUUAUGCCCUCAUUGUAUCAAUGCCUGUGUUCUGUACUUGGCAGCACAGUGCAGAGCCCAGCUGAUGGGCUACACCUUCAAAAUGCUGACAUCACGUCGAUCUGCGAUUAUGAAAAGUCUGCUCUUUCGCCUACAUCCAAUCAGCAGGGACAAGAGGUUCCUGUACUGACAUCCAAUGAUGAAGGAACUCUCCAUACAGCUGCUUCCUCAGAGAAUUCUACAGAUGAGAAGCAAACGGACCAAAUGUGUUAACUGACACUUCGUUCGACUCAUGUCCAUCCUGCGCUUGCUGUGUUUUCUGGUUGAUCUGAAGCAUGAAUGAAGUCUGUCAUCUCUGAACAUGAUCAUGGCAUUGGGCUUGUCGGGUCACCUGACAGUCUCUGAUUUACUGUUAACUUUCUACGAGUCUUUCUCCUCUUUCUCUCUCUAUAGUCAGUAUUUUGGGAGUGCAUGUAAAUAUAGAAUGUUUUCCAGAUGCUGUUGUUGGAGUCUUUCUUUCCCCUUAGAAAAAAAUGCUGUUUUAUUAGAAAGCGAAUGCUAAUGUGUGUAGUUACUUUAGGGGCUUUUCCUUGUAAAUAUUUGCUUUUUAUCCAAACAUUUAGUAAGGGACAUUUUAUGCUAUGCAUAGAUGUUCCCGAGAAUUUAAUUAUGUUUAGUUAUUUUCUCCUAAAAUUUUAUUUAAGUGUUCCUCUUUUCCAUUAUUAAAGAAAAGUAUAUAUUUUACAAGUAAAUUAAUCACGACUGCUGUUAUAUGCUUGGUCUUCAAAGAAAGAAAAUUGUGUAUUUUCAGUAUUUGCUUUGAUUCAUUAUAGUAAAAUUCACCUUAAAAUCA